UUUUUAAAAAAAUUCUUUUUCUACAAAUCCACGCUUUUAGCUUUUUAGAUUUUCAUAUAUAUAGUACACCAUAGGGGGACUUAGUCAUAUUCAUUAUACAACAUUUUUUCUUUCAGUUGAGAAAAAAAAAAAAAGGAAGUUGUGAUAUUUUCUCUUUACAACUUUGAUAUAUUUGAGGUUAAAAGGCUUUUUAGUAUCUUGCUAAAAACUUGGAGAUGACAGUACGAUCGAAUAGUUUUAAAGGAACACAUGUGGAAUCGAUAGUUCAAUCGAAUGGAGUCGAUAAGAUGACAAGGAAGAACUCGAUAAAUUUAAGGAACUGUGAACCAAAGAAGUUGAUGUUAGAGACAAGUCUAUCAUUCAAGAAUUUGGUUAUUCAAGACUUGAAUAUAUCAGAAUGGAAUGAACCAAAGAAAAGAGAAACAGCUUCAUUACCGGAGCCUGCGAUUCUGUAUUCGCCACGACCUGUUAGUGAGCUCGAUGCUGCUGCUGUUAAGCUUCAGAAAGUGUAUAAGAGUUAUAGGACAAGAAGAAAUCUUGCAGAUUGUGCUGUUGUGGUUGAAGAGCUAUGGUGGAAGGCUUUGGAUUUUGCAGCACUCAAAAGGAGUUCUGUUUCUUUCUUCAAUGUGGAGAAACCGGAAACUGCUGUAUCGCGGUGGGCUAGAGCGCGUACACGAGCAGCCAAAGUUGGUAAAGGAUUGUCAAAAGACGAAAAGGCUCAAAAACUUGCUCUGCAGCAUUGGCUAGAAGCUAUUGAUCCACGACACCGGUAUGGACACAACUUACACUUCUACUACGAUAUAUGGUUUGAAAGCGAAAGCUCUCAACCAUUCUUCUACUGGUUGGAUGUUGGAGACGGGAAAGAAAUAAAUCUCGAGAAGUGUCCUAGGACGAAUCUGCAGCAUCAAUGCAUCAAAUAUCUUGGACCGAAAGAGCGUGAAUCGUAUGAAGUUGUUAUCCAGGAUGGGAAACUCGUCUAUAAACAAAGUGGUGACUUUGUGGAGACAGUAGAAGGUUCGAAAUGGAUCUUUGUUCUUAGCACAACGCGAACAUUGUAUGUAGGAAAAAAGAAGAAAGGUGUGUUUCAACACUCGAGUUUUCUAUCGGGUGGUGCUACUACUGCUGCUGGAAGACUCGUCGCUCAUGGUGGUGUUUUGAAGGCUAUUUGGCCAUACAGUGGGCACUAUCACCCCACGGAGGAGAAUUUCCGGGAAUUCAUUAGUUUCCUCGAGGAACAUACUGUAGACCUUACAAACGUUAAGAGAUGUUCAGUUGACGAUGAUGAGCAGUCGUUUAGAGAUAACAGCGAGGGCUCGAAUCACCUACCACCCGUUGCUAAAGAAUCACCGAAGAGAACCACUUCCGAUGCAAAUGAUCAAAGAGUGGAAAAAGCAGCAGCAGUUAGAACAGAUGAUGAACGCGAAGACAAGAAGCAAGAAGACACCGUUGUAGACACCGUCAACAAGAAGACACAAUCAUCGUUUAGCUUUGCUCAACGUUUGUCCAGAAAAUGGUCAACAGGACACGGACCUCGCAUUGGCUGUGUUAGGGAAUACCCGACAGAGUUACAGUUCCGUGCACUUGAACAAGUUAACUUGUCACCUCGGGUUGCUAACGGAGGCUUCAACAUAUAUGGUCCAAUCCCCUCACCAAGGCCAAGCCCGAAGAUUCACCUUUCACCAAGGAUUUCAUAUAUGGUCCUACCUAGUCCAAGGACACCUAUUCCAGCAGCUAACUAAAGCAACAUUUUACAAUUGCACCAGCAGCAGAUGAUCCACUUCAGCCGUGCCUCGUAAAAAGUCAGGACGUUGGGCAGAUUUCAGUAUCCGACCCAUCUCGGGACCACGAGUCACAUUCAUUCGUUUAUAGUAUCGCGACCUUUGACCUCAGACGGAGAAGUAGAUGCAACAAACUAACUAAAAUCGUUAUUCAUUCGUUCAUUCGUGUUUGAUUUAUUUGUACAAGAUGGCUUCAUUGAGCCUAAAUUAAUCAUCAAUUGUUUUUUUCUUCA